AUGCGCGUAAGAAAUUUGGUCAUAUGUGUGAUUGCUUCGCUGUCUACAAUAGCGCAAGCUGUGUCUACGACCAUCAAGGACACACAUGUGAAAAGACAGUCAACCGAGCGACUUGUCUUUGCACACUUCAUGAUCGGAAUCGUCAGCGAUAGGAGAAGUCCGUCCGACUUUGACGAUGAUAUGAAACGUGCCAAGUCUCUGGGAAUUGAUGCAUUCGCCCUGAACAUUGGCGUUGACCCUUACACCGAUCAACAGCUCCAACUCGCAUACGAUUCUGCUGCCAAUAAUGACAUGAAAGUCUUUCUUUCAUUUGAUUUCAACUGGUGGCAUAUCGAACAGGCGACCGCUAUUGGCCAGAAGAUCGCCCAGUAUGCCAGCAAGCCUGCACAACUUAUGGUUGACAACAAGGUAUUUGUUUCCUCAUUUGCUGGCGAUGGAAUAAACAUUGGGGCAUUGCGGGCUGCAGUAGGAAGGUCAAUCUUCUUUGCGCCUAAUUUCCACCCAUCGUACGGGUCAGAUAUCUCCCAAGUUGACGGUCUGUUGAAUUGGAUGGCUUGGCCGAACAACGGAAACAACAAAGCGCCAACGCCAGGUCACAGUGUCUCCGUGGCCGAUGGUGAUAGAGUAUACGUAAAUGCUCUUGCUGGGAAAGCCUACGUGGCCCCCGUAUCCCCGUGGUUUUUCACACAUUUCGGCCCUGAAGUGUCUUAUAGCAAAAAUUGGAACUUCCCAUCUGACCUCUUAUGGUUUAACCGAUGGAACGAGAUUCUUGCUUUGAAACCGCGAUUUAUUGAAAUUGUGACAUGGAAUGACUAUGGAGAAUGUCACUAUAUUGGUCCUUUGAAAUCACCCCAUACUGAUGACGGCGCCUCAAAAUGGGUGAAUGACAUGCCCCACGAUGGAUGGCUGGAUAUUUCCAAACCAUACAUAGCCGCCUUCAAAGCCGGCGAGUCGUCUCCCAACAACCACAUCUCCGCGGAUGAAUUGGUCUACUGGUAUCGACCUGCCCCACGCGGGGUUGAUUGUGACGCGACAGAUACUUGCAUGGUACCAGCGAACAAUGGAAGUGGAAACUAUUUCAUGGGUCGUCCAGAUGGCUGGCAGUCCAUGAGCGAUUCUGUCUUCGUUGUCUCCUUGCUCACCUCAGCAGCUACGGUACAAGUCAACAGUGGUGGGAGCAUCUAUAACUACGAAGCGCCAGCAGGUGCCAGUGCAAAGGAGGUGCCAAUGGGAGUGGGCUCACAAAGCUUUGCAGUCAUUCGCAACGGACAAACCAUCUUAUCAGGCACAAGCUUGAAGCCAAUCAUCAACGGCUGUGUGUGUGGCUUGUAUAACUUCAACGCCUACGUCGGAACGCUUCCAGCAGGAUUCAGCGAUCCUCUCCAACCAGACGGACUUGCGAACUUCCAACAAGGUCUACGCGUCCACACCUGUCAACCGACCCCAUCAUUAGGUACUGUCCCCCCAGCCCCUCCACCUUCAGGUUCAAGUAGCAGCUUGCCAGGCCCCCCUCCGACUACAACACCGCCGCCCCCAGGACAAUGCUCUCCCACAUCAACUAUCCUUGCCCUCCUCCGCCUCCAGGCGGCGGCGGAGGUGGAGGAGGAGGUGGGGGUGGGGGAGGCGGUACGUGCAUCGCGGGCACUGGGCCUGGGAACUACGUUGGAUUAUGUUCUUUCUGUUGCAACUACGGUUAUUGUCCACCGGGGCCCUGCACCUGCACGGCAUAUGGCAACCCAGUUCCUCCGCCGCCGUCAACGGGUGCGCAUGGCAUGCCUCUACCAGGCGAAGAUGACUCCUACUUGGGCCUCUGCAGCUUCGCGUGCGAUCAUGGCUACUGCCCUCCCACAGCAUGCAGAGAAGGUUAAGUAUAACCGAAACGUGGAUACAAAGACGCCACUUCUUCGCAUCGGCCAGUCAAGGCCCCAGAGUCUUCUACAUUGA